GUUUCUCCCAUCUCUCUUGUACAUCUCUUCUAAGCAUCAUAUCACGAGUACCUUCCGCUAUCCGGAACUACUCCCCUCCGCCUCUGAUCCUCCUGACUAAAAUCUGACGACAUAAUUGCUCUUAUAUGCUACUCUCACUAUUUCCUAUUGCCUCAAUUUCACUGAAUCUCUUCCCUUCUAUCUCUCCCAGUUUCAUCCUUCCUCACAACUCACGUCUCACAUUCUACUCAUCACCAUGACCGGCCAAGCUUUCAAGGGCUCGGUCAUAGCCGUUGCUGGGUCCUUUCGCGGCUAUACACAAGCACAACUAAAGACUAUCGUUCAGCGUCAUGGGGGAACAUUCAGCUCAGCGGUAACAGAAGAUUGCACCCAUCUAGUGACCACCCAGAGGGAAGUGGACAAUAAGAGUGUCAAAUACACACAGGCUCGCAAGGUCUAUACCUGCAACAUCGUCUCCCUGGACUGGCUUAUCGAGUCAGACAGUGAAGGAAAGAACUUAGAUGAGAAGAAAUUCCUGAUGGGCUCCGACAUCAAGAAAGAUGAUGAACCGGAAAGUCCAAAGAAGCGUACCUUAGAAGAGGCCCUGGGAAUCAAUGAGGAUGGAAGUACGAAGAAGCUCAAGGAUGCACAGACGGUUGGCGCCAAAGGAAUCAACGUCCCUGUUGAUGAAAUAUGUCCUCUUCGAGUGACACACACCGUAUACAUUGAUCCCACUGGCCUCAUCUGGGAUGCGACCCUUAAUCAGACGAGUGCGACUAACAAUAACAACAAAUUCUACCGCAUUCAGCUUCUCCACAGAAACAAUGAAUUCAAGACUUGGACCCACUGGGGCCGGGUGGGCGAACAUGGACAAAAUGCUAUACUGGGUAAUGGCAACUUGGAUGAGGCAGAGUAUGAGUUCAAGAAGAAGUUCAAGGACAAGUCCGGCUUGACCUGGGAGAAACGCUUGGAUCCACCAAAGAAGGGUAAAUAUACCUUCAUUGAAAAGAACUACGAGGACGACACAGAAGACGAAGACGAGGAUGAAGACAAAGUCGUCGCGAAGAAACCCACCAAGCCCAAGGUAGAGGAAGUGAAAUGCACCUUAUCACCACCUAUCCAAGACCUCGUGUCAUUCAUCUUCAACAAGGAUCUUUUUCAGUCCACCAUGGCUUCCAUGUCCUACGACGCUCAGAAGUUGCCUUUGGGAAAACUGAGCAAGCGCACUCUCCAGAACGGUUUUCAGGCACUGAAGGAUCUAUCAGAGCUUAUUGCCACACCUGCCCUGGCGAGUACAAGAUAUGAUACUAGCUUUGCUGCCGCAGUGGAGCAUCUCAGCAACCUAUAUUUUACCGUGAUCCCCCAUGCGUUCGGACGCAAUAGGCCCCCAGUGUUGAGCACCGACACAUUGCUCAAGAGAGAGAUCGAAUUGCUGGAGGCAUUGACGGACAUGGAAGUUGCGAACAAUAUCAUGAAAGAGGCCAAGAACACUGAUACAGUUCACCCUCUCGACCGUCAAUUUCAGGGCUUGAAUAUGCAAGAGAUGACACCAUUGGAACACAAAUCAACCGAAUUCAUUGAGCUGGCCAACUACCUCAACCAGUCUCGCGGUCACACCCACGGCAUUCAAUACAAGGUCAUAAACAUCUUCCGCAUCGAGCGCCAAGGCGAGAAAGACCGGUUCCAAUCAUCCCAGUACUCCAAUAUCAAGAACUCCUGUCGCCGUCUCCUGUGGCACGGAUCCCGCAGCACCAAUUUCGGUGGUAUCCUCAGCCAGGGUCUACGUAUUGCACCGCCCGAGGCCCCCGUCAGCGGGUACAUGUUCGGCAAAGGUGUCUACUUCGCGGACAUGUCGACCAAGUCAGCGAAUUACUGCUGCUCUUGGGGGAGUGGAAACCGGGGACUACUCCUCCUUUGUGACGUUGAGGUCGGCAAUCCCAUGUAUGAGCUGGACACGGCAAGCUACAACGCGGGCAACGAAGCGAAAGGGCAGGCCAAGAUUGCUACCCUUGGUCGCGGUCGCUCGAUCCCUGGUGGAUGGAAAGAUGCUGGCUGUGUCAAUGAAGAUCUGAAGGGGGUGUUGAUGCCCGAUGUGCAGGUGCCAACCACUAAUGCUAACUCAAGGGGGCUGAUGUACAAUGAGUACAUCGUGUAUGAUGUGGCGCAGAUCCAGCAGAAGUAUCUGUUCCAUGUCAACAUGCGGUAGUCUGGCUCUUGUUUUAGAUUUUGGUUUUAUGGUAUGGCGCAUAUAUUAGCUUAGCGGCGGCAUCUGGAGCGGAUUAUGGCGUUGAGCAAGAUCUCGGGGUUUGUUUCAUAAUAUAUCGGCCCGGAAUUAGGGGUUAUGGUUUUAGCUGACGCACCUGCAUAGCUAGCAUCCUACUUGGCAGGCUUAAUUGGG